UAUAUUUCCCUUUCAGGGUCAUGAUCAAAAAAUGAAAAAUCUGCUUAACUCCAAUUUCUCUUUUAAAAAAGCAGACUUACAGCUUUCAGAGUUGCAUUGGUUGCUGGCAGAAAACCAUAGACGGCAAGAGUGGAAGCAAGAGACCUGGAAGUGAGAAGGCGACCAAAACCAGGUGGGCCAGUGAAAACAGUAGCCAGGGUGGAAGCCGUGGCGAGCAUGCUCCAACUGCUUGGCACAGGACCUGGCAGCCACCGAGGCAGGGAACGCAGUGGAGAAGCAGCCUUGUCUGGGGGAACACCCGAGGUUCGUUGUCUCAUGGUCAUGGAAAUCAAGGACAUGGACCCACAAAGAGUGAGUUGAAGAGCAGAAAUUUAAUAGUUGAAAGAAAGAGAAUAGCUCUCUGUUACAAGAGGGGUCCUGGAAAAAUGGGUUGCUGGAUCUGCGGUGAUCCAGCAGAUCUGCAGGGGGUUUUAUAGAUGAGCUGGUGAGGAGGUACUGUCUGAUCUACAUAGGGUGUGAAAAACUGGUUGGACCCUGGUGUGCCAUUGGCAUAGGGUAUGAAUCUCUGGGCACCCCCACCCCAAUCUUUUAUUAUGCAGGCGAGUUCUCUGCCUGAGCUGUGCCAUGUUGCCCACUUCUUUAUUACUGUACACGUGCUAAAAGAAAAGGGAAGAUGGAGCCUCUGUGUUGGACAUGCCUGGCCCCCAAGUAGCCCUUUUCUGUUGGCACAGCUACCAGCAUUCCCCUGUGCAAGCUUCCAGCUUCCUUAUCUAUGUUUGCAGCUGGAUUUUUCAGGCUGCUCUUUGUUAGAAAAGAAAUGAUUUCUGGGGCUGCUUUUUUGUUAGAAGGGAAAUUCAGCUGAUGACUCUUUUGCCCUCAAUAUCUGCCUAAAUAAUUUCUUUCUACCUCCAGUAUCAGUGCCAGUGAUAAUUGGGGUAGCCACAGCUGUCAGGAAGCAGUAAUGAUCUUUUCUAGUAUCCAGAGGGAGAAUGGCAGAUAUUGGAGACUGGAGAAACGUCACAAAUGCCCCCAGGAGGAGAAUCGCCCAUCUGCACACUUAGCCCGUGGCCCACAGUGGGAAAUAAAGGGUUAACAAACGUUCCUAGGUGAACAGUGGAUUCCUUCCCUAGUUCUGUGUCACAAAGGGCUAAGGAACCCUCUGCACUUUCAGAUCCCUUGACGUCCACAGGGGAGCUGCAGGUGCUUUGCAGUGCUGAGCCAAAAGCACUAGCAGUUUUGUGUGAAUCCCCACCUAAACCCAACCAGAUGAGGAUUAUAAUCUCCAUUUUACGGUGGAGGAAACAGCAAUAGGAAAUAUCGUGUCCUAGGGUCACAAUAAGUGACAGCUGGGAUUCAAACCCACGCUUUUAACAGCAGCAGCUGACUUUAUUAUAGAGAUGUUCUUUGCAUGCAUUAACCCAUUUUACAGAAAAAGCAAAUGAGACACAGAGAAAUUAAGUCCUGCCCCAGGCCACUCAGCGAAUGGCAGAGCCAGGGAAAUGUGAUAGGACACUGAGAUCCGGCCAACACUUGACACAGGCCCACAUUCCUGGAACAGUGAAAAGUGCUUUUGUGGCCAGUCCAUGGGGUCAAGAGAGGUAGUUCCAGAGUAGAGUUUCUUUAAAGCUGGGGGAGUGCUCCAAACAAGCUGUGUUCUUAUUGUUGGAUGAGCUGAACCGACCAUGCCCACACCACAUGCUACCUUAGGGGUUGGGAACACCUACAUUAGUGAAGACAUGCAGGGCAUAAUCUCUGAUUUAACUGCAAGAGUUCACCAUGUUCCUGACCCUGGUUCCAAUAAAACUUUAUUUACAAAUCAGACACUCAGCCUAUGGGCCAUAGUUUGCCAGUUUGAUUUUUAAAACCAUCCCAUUAAGAUACUUGUCUUGAUUAUUGAGUUUUUGGGUGCCCCCUUAAAUUUGUGCCUCACUUGCUUCACCCUAGUUCUAACCCAGCUGUCACUGACUGCCAGAACCCUGAUGGAGGGGAGGAGUCCAUGUUCUUAAAAGGGCCUGCACCUGCUAUGGUUUGAAUGUGUUCCCCAAAUCUCAUGUGCUGGAAACUGCCCAACUUAGCAGUAUUGAAAGAUGGGGUUUUUAAGAGGUGAUUGGAUCCUGAGGCCUCUCCCCUCAUGAAUGGAUUAAUCCACGUGUGGAUUAAUACAUAAUGGGUUAUUAUGAGAGCGGGACUGGGGGCUUUGUAAGAGGAAUAGAGACCUGAGCUAACAUGCCCAGCACCCUCAUCAUAUGAUGCCAUGUGCCACCUAAGGUCUCUGUAGAGUCCCCACCUUCAAGAAGGCUGUGCCACCACCACAUGUGCCCCCUUGACCUUGUAUUUUUCCAUAACAGUAAGGAGUAAACUCCUUUUCUUUAUAAAUUACCCAGUUUCAAGUAUUCUGUUAAAAGCAAUAGAAAACAAACGAAUGCAGCCUGAACCUCUUGGAGAACUAGGAGUCUUCCCUUUUCUUUAAUUCUAGGCACCGCAAUUUCAAUGGACUGCACUUUUCUGCCACCAGGGGUCGUAAGUUACUGUCAUUCUCGGUGCGAACAGGCACUGAGAGAGUGGCAGGGGGCGACUGGGACUCCCUCGUUCCCCUGGAGUUUAACCUAGUGGUAAACACUUUCAGACGACGAAUCAUGCUAUGAAGGAGUAACUCGGGGAGUUUGUACAGGGGAAGUGGCACUAAGGUCCAAAGGAAGCUGCAUAUGAGUGAUCCCUGCUCUACCAGCCUCCCAAGCCUCCCAGUGCACCUUCUAGGAGACAAGCAAGGAAGGCCGCUGCUUGUUUAUCAUCCUGCUCAUGGCGGUGUACUGGUGCACAGAGGCCCUGCCGCUCUCAGUGACAGCGCUGCUGCCCAUCGUCCUCUUCCCCUUCAUGGGCAUCUUGCCCUCCAACAAGGUCUGCCCCCAGUACUUCCUCGACACCAACUUCCUCUUCCUCAGUGGCCUGAUCAUGGCCAGCGCCAUUGAGGAGUGGAAUCUGCACCGGCGAAUCGCCCUCAAGAUCCUGAUGCUUGUUGGAGUCCAGCCGGCCAGGCUCAUCCUGGGGAUGAUGGUGACCACCUCGUUCCUGUCCAUGUGGCUGAGCAACACUGCUUCCACUGCCAUGAUGCUUCCCAUUGCCAAUGCCAUCCUGAAAAGUCUCUUUGGUGAGAAGGAGGUUCGAAAGGACCCCGGCCAGGAGAGUGAAGAGAAUACAGCUGCUGUGCGGAGAAACGGCCUACACACUGUGCCCACGGAGAUGCAGUUUCUCGCCAGCACAGAAGCCAAAGACCACCCUGGGGAGACGGAGGUUCCACUGGAUCUGCUGGCGGACUCCAGGAAGGAGGAUGAAUAUCGUGGGAACAUCUGGAAGGGCUUCCUCAUCUCUAUCCCCUACUCAGCCAGCAUUGGGGGCACAGCCACACUCACAGGCACAGCCCCUAACCUCAUCCUGCUUGGCCAGCUCAAGAGUUUCUUUCCACAGUGUGACGUGGUGAAUUUCGGCUCCUGGUUCAUUUUCGCCUUCCCUCUUAUGCUGUUGUUCCUGUUGGCAGGCUGGCUCUGGAUCUCCUUCCUGUACGGGGGACUGAGCUUCAGGGGCUGGAGGAAGAAUAAAUCUGAGAUAAGAACCACUGCAGAAAACAGGGCUCGAGCUGUAAUUCGGGAAGAAUACCAGAACCUGGGGCCCAUCAGGUUUGCCGAACAGGCCGUUUUCGUCCUUUUCUGCAUGUUUGCCAUCCUCCUCUUCUCCCGGGACCCGAAGUUCAUCCCUGGCUGGGCCAGCCUCUUCACUCCUGGGUUUCUUUCUGAUGCCGUCACCGGCGUGGCUAUUGUCACCAUCUUGUUCUUCUUCCCGUCCCAAAGGCCCUCUCUCAAGUGGUGGUUUGACUUCAAAGCUCCCAACACAGAGACAGAGCCCUUGCUGACCUGGAAGAAGGCCCAGGAGACAGUGCCCUGGAACAUCAUCCUUCUCCUGGGAGGGGGCUUCGCCAUGGCCAAAGGCUGUGAGGAAUCAGGGCUGUCUGUAUGGAUUGGCGGGCAGCUGCACCCCCUGGAGAAUGUGCCCCCCGCCCUGGCUGUGCUGCUCAUCACUGUGGUCAUCGCCUUCUUCACUGAGUUUGCCAGCAACACAGCCACCAUCAUCAUCUUCCUGCCGGUCCUGGCAGAGCUGGCCAUCCGCCUGAGAGUGCACCCCCUGUACCUGAUGAUCCCGGGCACCGUCGGCUGCUCCUUUGCCUUCAUGCUCCCGGUCUCGACACCCCCCAACUCCAUCGCCUUCGCCUCUGGACACUUGCUGGUCAAAGACAUGGUGCGGACAGGCCUCCUGAUGAACCUGAUGGGUGUCCUGCUGCUCAGUUUGGCUAUGAAUACCUGGGCACAGACUAUCUUCCAGCUGGGCACCUUCCCGGACUGGGCUGAUAUGCACUCGGUCAAUGUCACAGCAUUGCCACCCACCGUGGCCAACGACACAUUUCGGACCCUCUGAGUCGCCCUGGGGGACUCCCUUGAGGCUGAACCCUCUCAAAGGGCUGUCACCAUCACCUGCUGCUAGGACACUACAAAGCAAUCAAAUAAUUCUUUAAUCCAAUAUGCGGCAAACAAGGGUGACCUCCAGUGGCCCACUCGGGUCCACCAGCCAUUAUCUAGGACACUUUCUGUCUCUCUCAUGAAGUUCAAAGCCCAGGUAUCUCUCAGAUCUGCUGCCUGAGAAAUAAGCUCCUUUAUCAGUGAGCUGUUUUAUCAUUACGAUGCAAGAGAGCCCAGUUUCAUCAACAGUGAGCAAAUCUGGCAUCGUGUUUGUCUCGUACAGUUGGGAUGGGAGGCCAUUCAUUCCCAUGGGCACAGCUGACAUCAUCCCCCAGUGAUUACUUUCAGUUACACUGGAGAGACCACCUUGUCUUUAAAUAUCAUUUUCAUGGGCUGCAAUGUUCCAACCGAGUUGUUCCAGCUGUUCACAACCAAUGUGUGAUUUUGCUUAGUUGGUGCCCAUUCUGCACCAGUUGUUUUACCCCUGCCAAUAACCAGCAGUCAGAGAUUCUUUUUUAAUCCUUGGACACAGGGAAAGGGACAAAUAGCUUUCCAAGGACAUGAGACUGUGCAAAGCCUCUUUGCUGUUUCUCUGGGCUCCUAAGCAUACCAGGGGAAGUUCUAGAAACCUCAGCUGACAUCUCCACCCGAGAGAUUUAGGAUUCUCCUGUUUCUUCUGGGUCAGUUUGGCCAUAAUUCUGGGGUCACGCCAGGCCUGGGCCCUGCCCUCCCAUGGGGUGACUCAUGACCCCGCCAGCCAGGACCCCCCUACCUGUGGCCCCCAGAGGCCUCUGUGGCUGCAAGGCAGUCAGUUGCUGCUUGUCCCAGCAGGUGGCCUUGAUCUCUCCAUGCACCACCUUAAGUGGUAAGCAUGUUUAGUUAUCAAAGGCCCCAUUUGUCAGGGGUGAGAGAAAAGUCAAAAGAUAAAUUGGGGACUUGUAAAAGGCCGGGGUAAAAUGUCUCAGGCAAGCAAAAGAUUGUCCCCUUCUACAUAUGGGUAAAACUGAGACAUCCCCUUGAGCCCGAGGCUGGAAGUCGUGUCUGCCUUCAAGGGUUAAUCCCUCUUUGUUCCAAGCAGAAGCAUUCUGGCAUCCCAGUGAAGAGCACAGGCCCUCAGUGUCUUCUGAAUGGAAUGGCCCAGCGUUAGCCCAGUAUCAGAAAAGACACUAGCCCAAGGGCCCUGAAUCUUCACACUUCCCUUUCCUAAGCCUCUGAGGGUGGAGAUUCCCCUAGGAGCACUUGGCCAGCUGGGAAGGCAGCACCCAGCUGUACUUGUUGUUGAUACAGCAUAAGUGAAUCAUGGGCAUUUCCCUGAGAGCAGUGGGAGAGGCCCUCUGAGUUGGAGGUUGAGCUCCACCUCCUUUCCAAGCGAGCACUCAGUGCUGAAUCACAGUUACAACCCACUGGGGCUGGCGGGAGGUACGUUGUAUGGGACUGGAAGCAAGAGGUUCAUUCAAAGAGAAACUCCUGGGAUUUGUAACCAGAUGAAUCAUGAUUUCAAAGACUUCUGAUCAAAAAUACUGUGAAAUAAAGAAUGUUAAUCAACAUUGGA